AUGGAAUCUCCUUUCGGCUCAUACAUCGGUACAAACUACGCUCCCAGCGCUGGAGAGCUGUGCCAGAUCUUUCACUUCCUCAAGGACCCCCUCGAUCGCUUGAGUUCGCUCGACAGGGAGAUCGCACACGUAGCCGCCACGCUCAGCCAUCUCCAAUCAGAGCGACACGUUCUCCAGCAAUUCGUUGCCGCGCACCAGGCGCUAACGCACCCCAUCCGCCGAAUCCCCCUUGAAAUCCUGCUUGACAUCUUUGCCGCGUGCCUGCCCACGCACCGAAACCCAGUUAUGAGCACCGCCGACGCACCGCUCCUCCUCGGCAGAGUGUGCAGCUCCUGGCGGCAGAUCUCUACAACCACACCGACGCUGUGGUCCCGCCUCCAUAUUGUCGAGCCUGGGUUGCCGUGCCAAAGUCUUGAGGCUGCCUCGGUCGACCACGGCACAGCGAAUGAUGCAGAGAGCGCUCGCUCUGAGUUUGAAGCGCGGAUGAGGCUCAGGGUGGACGCAGUGAAGCUUUGGCUGCGCAGGUCGGGCGAGGCGCCGUUGUCGUUGUCCCUCCUCUGCAACACGGAUCUGCGUUCGGAUGGUGAAAGCGCGAUACUGGAAGUGCUGCUCGCCGUGCGCCAUCGGUGGGAACGGAUAGAGUUGGCUGGCCACUUGUCGAUGCGUCAACUGCAGGAGGACUGGGGCUCUGAUGACGUCGGUCAACUACAGAGUCUGCGGCUGACCAUCGACAGGGCGCCUGUGUCUAAUCGCAUUUCUCAGUGGGGAAAGUUGAAUCUCCUCCGAGCACCUCAACUCCGAGAGUUGCAUGUUGUCGGGGACACCGUCUGGCUAUUUCCGCUCAGGCUGCCUUUGAAGUGGGAUGAGCUCAUUGAGCUCAAUUUGGAGGUCUCAGUCACCGCAAAUAUCUCCAGCGCUGUACUGCAGGACAUCCUCAAAUUAUGCCCCAGGCUUAAAACCCUACGUUCUUGGGCAUGGGAUGGGAACCCACGGCUGGAAUCUGGCGGUAUCAUCACACACCACGCUCUAGAGACGCUGGAUCUCCAUUAUACCAGAGGUCUAAGGCUUAUAAUUUUCCGGGUACACUGA